CACACACGCACACACAUAUACACACGCGCACACAGAGGCAGACCCACACAUUCACUAUUACUCACUCCUUUCUCUUUUCAAAAGGCCCUUGUGAGGCAGAUUGACAGGCUAGAAUGAAAAUGAGGCGGACGCUCGGUCACGACUCCAGUGCGUACGCGUCCUUUUGAGCAGACCUCUAAACUUGGAUCGUAUCACCAUGGGAGCUAUUUGGGCUACAAGGGACUUUUGUUUGUUUUUGCUCUUGUUAAAUAGUCGCCAAAGCGCUGCGCUUCCAGAGAUUCGAGCAGACCCAUGUGCAGAGGGCAGUGAUGGCUGUCACAUAGAUGCUAUUUGUCAGACGACCCAGGACUCAUACAAGUGCACAUGCAAAACAGGUUUUAAAGGAGACGGCCAACACUGUGAAGACAUUGAUGAAUGCGACUUGGAGUACAAUGGUGGCUGUGUACACGAAUGCAACAAUAUACCAGGAAAUUAUCGCUGCACUUGUUACGACGGCUUCAAUUUGGCUCACGACGGUCACAACUGUUUAGAUGUGGACGAAUGCAAAUUCAACAACGGCGGCUGCCAGCACACUUGUGUCAACACCAUGGGCAGCUACGAGUGCCGCUGCAAGGACGGCUUCUUCCUCAGCGACAACCAGCACACGUGCAUCCACCGCUCUGUUGAGGGCCUCAACUGUAUGAAUAAGGAGCAUGGCUGCGCCCAUAUCUGCAAAGAGUCACCCAAGGGAGGCGUGGCCUGCGAGUGUCGUCCGGGGUUCGAGCUGGCGCACAACCAGAGAGGCUGCAUAUUGACUUGUAACCAUGGCAACGGAGGCUGCCAGCACACCUGUGAGGACACAGAUAAUGGCCCAAUAUGCAAGUGUCAUGUCAGGUACACCCUGCAGCCUGACAGGAGGUCGUGUGUUGAGCGAGACGAGGCCACCACCGAGUCGUCGGACCACAACGCCACGUCCUUCGCCGAGGUGGACAAACGGGUCAAGCGGAGGCUUCUGAUGGAGACCUGCGCAGUCAACAAUGGCGGGUGCGACUGCACUUGUAAAGACACAUCAACGGGCGUGCGCUGCAGCUGCCCCGUUGGCUUCACGCUGCAGCCGGAUGCCAAAACGUGCAAAGACAUCGAUGAGUGCGAGCUUCAAAACGGCGGCUGCGAUCACUUCUGCAGGAACACCAUCGGCAGCUUUGAGUGCAACUGCAGAAAAGGCUUCAAGUUGCUGACGGAUGAGCGUUCAUGUCAAGAUAUAGACGAGUGCUUCUUUGAGCGGACGUGUGAUCACACGUGCGUCAACUCCCCCGGUAGCUUUCAGUGUCUGUGCAACAAAGGCUACACCAUGUACGGACUGGCCCACUGUGGAGACAUAAAUGAAUGCAGCGUCAACAAUGGCGGUUGUGAGCAGGGUUGUGAGAACACCCAGGGUGGGUUUGAAUGCUCCUGCAACCCUGGCUACAAGCUCCACUGGAACAAAAAGGACUGUAUUGAGGCAGAGGGUUUACCACCUGCGAAAGCCACCUCGAAACCUACAUUGAACUGUAGCAAGCAGGAGGGAGGCGACCGCUGUUUCCUGACGUGCCAGUCUCAAGUUCAUAUCAGCAGUGGGACGGAGGAUUCCUACACCGUGACCUGUGGAAUGCCAUUGCCCUGCUUGGCUGACGCACAAAAGAACAACAGUGGCUUGCAAUGCUUCGCUCCAGAAUUGUCCGGCGUGCCUCGCAUUAAGACCACAGCGACAUUCAAGUCGGGCACGACCAAGUGCAACUUAAAAAGAAGCCAGGAGCGACUCAGGGAGAACUUGAACUCAGCACGCUCAGACAGCAGGUUUCUCUUCACCGAGAAUGUGCAGUUCAGCUACGUGAGCUUGCGCUGCACCUCGUCGGCGCACCGAGGGCGCAGCCGCCAUGGCAGGAAAGCUGCCGAAGAGGACGGCUCAUCCAUCACGGCCGAGUUUGAGCUGGAUGUGAACCUAGAGGAGGUAACAGCAGAGGGCUGCGACCUGAACUGCAUGAGACGACGCUCUGAGAAAAGGCUGAGGAAGACCAUCCGCACCCUGAGGAAGUCCAUCAACCGGGAACAGUUCCACCUCCACUUUGCCGGCUCGGACUACGAGCUGGCUAAGAAUUUGGCGCAGCCGGCGGAAGGAGCAGGACGCUGCUUGGCGGGACAGGUGCUGGUGGGCAGGAGGUGUGUGAGCUGCAGUGUUGGCACAUACUAUGAUGGCGACCAGGGGAGGUGUGUGACGUGUCCAGCAGGUACCUAUCAGGACGAGGAAGGCCAGAUGUCCUGCGAGGUGUGCCCCACACCUGAAGGAAAGGACGUCGCCAAAGUGGCCGGAGCUCGAAACGUCUCCGAGUGCGGAGGUCAGUGCCCCCCAGGUCAAUUCUCCCAAGAUGGCUUCACCCCUUGCCUGCUGUGUCCUCUGGGAUCGUACCAGCCAGAAGUGGGACGUACCACCUGCUUCCCUUGUGGGGGUAACCUGGUGACCAAGCGCAGUGGUGCCGUCACCUUUCAAGAGUGUGAGACCAAAGUUCAGUGCUCCCCAGGCCACUACUACAACACAACAACACACCGCUGCAUCCGCUGCCCCACGGGCACCUUUCAGGUGGAGUUUGGGCAGAACUACUGCGUCUCCUGCCCCGGAAACACCUCCACGGAUUUUGAUGGCUCCACCAGCAUUAUGCAGUGCAAAAACAGACAGUGCGGGGGCGAGCUGGGUGACUUCACUGGCUACAUCGAGUCCCCCAACUAUCCCGGGAACUACCCGGCCAACGUGGAGUGCACGUGGACCAUCAAUCCGCCGCCCAAACGUAGGAUUCUUAUUGUGGUGCCAGAAAUCUUCCUGCCAAUUGAGGACGAGUGUGGAGACUACUUAGUCAUGAGGAAAAGUGCUCUGUUAAACUCUGUGACAACCUACGAAACGUGCCAGACAUACGAGCGUCCCAUCGCCUUCACCUCUCGCUCCAAGAGGCUCUGGAUUCAAUUCCGAUCCAAUGAGGGAAACAGCGGGAAAGGCUUCCAGGUGCCGUACGUUACAUAUGAUGAGGACUACCAGGAAUUGAUAGAGGACAUCGUUAGAGACGGGAGGUUAUAUGCGUCAGAGAAUCAUCAAGAGAUUCUAAAGGACAAGAAGCUCAUGAAGGCCUUAUUCGAUGUUCUGGCUCACCCACAAAACUUCUUCAACUACACGGCACAAGAAUCCAGAGAAAUGUUCCCCAAAUCCUUCAUCCGCUUCCUGCGCUCCAAAGUCCUGAGAUUCCUUCGUCCGUAAGCAAGUGCUGAAGGACACCAUGCUGAUGAAUAGUUAAAGCAGCCGCGAGUAUUUGUCUGGUUUCAAUGUUUUCUCUCGUUAUAUGCUUAAUAAUGCAGUGGAUCACAUAACCGAUGCAAGUAAUCCUGAGGAGAAAUAAAAGAAAAGAGAGCAGACUUUUGAACUGGACGUCUUAGCAGAGGAAUAUUCUGGCCUCAAUAGAGCAUCAGGAUCACUUCUGCCACUUUGUAUUGAAAUUAAAACAGAGCGACGACAUUAACUGUAUAACCUCCUUUUCGAUGUAUACGUCUCAUUAUGAUGUUUGACGAGCCUUCUGUAUUUUCAUCUUAUCUGUAUUCAUCCAAGUGAAUAUUGCUCAACCUGCUCUUUGCAACACUAGGAGACUUUUGCUGAUGGCAUUCUGAUGAGAAGUGAGUAGCAAAGUAAACAUAUACUGAAACUCAGUGAUACUGUAUAUAGAGUGCGUCUGUAGUUUUCACAUAGGCUACUAUUACAAGUGACAGAUAUACACAAUGAGAAAAACAAUGAUAGCACAUAUGUCGUUCUUGGGAAUUUUAGCACUAUGAAGAAAGUAGUGGAACCACAAAAAACAAUUAUCCUGAUGAAUGUUUUGUAUAUGAUGUAAAAAGUUUUAGGUGAAAUGUAUGGUCGCGAUGAGAUGUUUGACGGGAUAGUACU